AUGGACAAUGGAGAGGUCUCAGGGGCCUUCGAAGUGACCAACGGAGUUAAGCGGGGCUGCGUCCUGGUGCCUACCCUCUUCAGUAACAUAUUCUCUGUCAUACUGAUGGACGCCUAUCGCGACGAAUGCCCUGGGAUCCGCCUCUCCCACAGGACCAACGGCCACCUCCUCAAUCAGCGGCGGGUGUAAUUCCAGUCGCUCCCUCAAUGCAACCACUUGCAGAGGUAUGCAAAGAAGCAUGGAUCUCUUCUCCGCCAACCUCGAGAACUUCGGCCUGAUCAUGAACACGGAGAAAAUGGUGGCCAUGCAUCAACCGCUACCCAAUGCUGCCUACAUCGCAUUUCAAAUUAACGUGAACGGCGACCAACUAAAAGUGGUGGACAACUUCAUGUAUCUGGGAAGCACCCUCUCCCUCACAACUAAAAUUUACGAUAAAGUGGCCCGCCGGGUGUUCAAGGCCUGUCAAACCUUCAGUCGUCUUUAA